AUGGCUCCUAAAGACACACACAGCCGUUCAGAUUACUUCCCAGUAGUCAUUAUCGGCGCCGGUCUAUCUGGGAUUGCGGCAGGGUGCCAACUGAAAACAAAACUUGGCCUGAGCCAGUUUCGUAUAUAUGACCGGAACGAAGGAGUUGGAGGCACAUGGUGGGUUCAUCGGUAUCCAGGUGUAGCGUGCGAUGUCCCUGCAAGCCUGUACUCUUACUCCUUUGCCCAAAAUCCUUCAUGGUCAACUCUGAAGCCUUCUGGGGAAGAGAUUGCGACAUAUAUACGAGCUACCUCUGAGAAAUUCGGGCUUUGCCCGCAUAUUCAGCUCAACACGGAGGUUAGCAGUCUGAUAUGGGACGAGCAAAAUGAAGAAUGGGAGGUAUCCAUCCAUCAGACACCACCGGCCAAAGAGGAGCCAGCAGGUUUCCCUGCACCCAGAUACAAGCGCUCUGUGCGAGCAAAGAUAGUCAUCAGUGCUACAGGAAAGUUUGCCGUCCCUCGAACAGAUUCAGCACACGUUCAAGGGAUCGAACACUUCAGGGGAGACGUUUUACACACUGCACGAUGGGAUGCCAAUGUCAACCUCGAGGAUAAAGAUGUUAUAGUCAUCGGUGCUGGUUGCAGUGCAGCACAAUUGGUUCCAGCCCUUCUGAGUCAGUAUAACGUUCGCUCAGUCACACAGCUGGUGCGAACAGCUCCUUGGGUAUCUCCAAACCUUCUUUCAUCCAGGCAGCUGCGCGCAUGGGAAGCAUACAUGCCCUGGUUAAACCGGAAUAUCCCUGGCUUGGCACAGAUUGUUCGUAUGGUUAUGUUUUUAAUCGCUGAACUUACCUUCUUUCGAAUAUUCAAGGCGGGACAACAGUAUGGUCGAAAGAGGUAUGAAGAAAAGCUCCGGGUUUAUAUGGAACGCAGCAUCCCCAGGGGAUGCCACAAAAUACUUACUCCCCCUUAUGAGCUUGGGUGCAAAAGACUCGUCCAUGAUGCUGGGUGGUUUCAGAGCCUCUGGGAUCCUAGAUUGCAUAUCACAGAUCUUCGGCUGGAUAGGGUUGAAAAAAGGGCGGUAAUACUAAGAGGUCGAGGGGAGGAUUAUCAGGUUGCACACUCACACGAAAGCAAAGUAACAGCGGAUGUGAUUAUCAUGGCAACAGGAUACGAUACCUCAACAUUACUGCACAACAUUGAUGUCAUCGGCAGUGGAGGUGCUGCGCUGUAUGACUACUGGACAACUGGGGGACUCCAGGCAUACCAGGGGCUAGCGGUUCCUGGAUUUAAAAACCUCUUUCUCCUACUAGGGCCUAACUCAUCGAGUGGUCAUACUAGCGUUAUGAUUGGCGUGGAGAACUCCAUCCAUUAUAUUUUGAAACUUAUCAAGCCAAUUCUUGAACUUGACGUGAGCUCCUGGGAUAUCAAGGCAAAGUCAAACAGAGUAUGGACAGAGAAUGUCCAGAGAGCAUCCCAGGAGAGUGUGUGGGUAACCGGCGGAUGCCACAGUUGGUAUGUGGACGAUAAAGGAUGGAAUAGUGCUGUAUAUCCGUGA